ACAUACUUUUGUAUAUAUAGUGUAAGUGGAGAGCCUGUGGUCCUUCUCACCAGAGAACCUCCGCCCAGUCACAAUUUUAUCUCCACUAGUGCUGACCGACCGUUAUUCACCAUGGGGCUCCGGUGUGGCGUUUUUGUUUUGCUGUUGUUUCCUCUGCUUUCCCAUGGGGAAGUGACCUCCUUCACAAAAUGCAGUCAGUUCUUUGUGAACCAUGUUCCUCCUACGGUUCUCAGUGAUCCUACGAACAAUAAUCGCUACCAGCAAAUAUGCCAGUGUCUCCUGGACAAUAAUAAUAAACUGCAAUACUUCUAUGCCACACUCUACGACACCAAGAAUAAGAUUCCUGUGUAUUCUGCCUACGAGCUUCAAAGUGCAGACAUUGAACGAAAGGACUAUUGGUAUAUCGAACCUCAGGUAGGCAUAUCAUUGUAUUUACUGACAUGUAUAGCAUUUGUUUUCACACCUUAACAUUUUUGUAACAGUUUGCUUGAAGUGGGGUAUACAGUACACAAGGCAUUCAGAAGGCCAUUAUGAGUGUUGCAGUAUUUUCCAUAACAACCUUCAAUACACAUUUAUUCAAUAUCAUUCAAAAGGAGUUUUCAAAUUAGAUCUUUAUUUAUCCAUUUUACAAUGUACAUUGUUUUUUUUUACUGCCACAGUACCCAACCCUCUGACACAAAAUAAUGUAACAGGCGCAGGUUGUCAUUUAUUGGGAUGACUCAUGCACUGGAGGCAGCUCUGCAGAGUGGGCAAUAGCUGGCACAGCCACAAAGUCAUAAAAUCUGAUUUUAUACCUAACCCUAACCUUAAACCUAACCUUAACCACAAUGCUAAACCUAAUGCCUAACCUUAACCUUUCAUUAAUUUUUACAAUAUAGCCAAUUCUGGCUUUGCAGCUGACCCAUCUAGUGAAAAUCGCUCGAUUCUGCCUCCAGGGCAAGAUUCAUUACAAUAAAUGUCAACAUGCUUAACAGGCUGGGAGCAGCACAGGGUUAGCACAGGGUUAGAACAGGGUUAGCUGUCAGUGACUGUUGUACAUCCUCUCUGAUGAUCUCUCAAUUUGGCAGAAUGCCACUGGGUAAACAUUCCUUAGAAAAUCAUCAUGAAUUAUCAUAUUCAAUUCUGUACUUUUCUUAGACGAUAUCCGCGAGAAGGCGGAUCUGAAGUAAACAGAGUACCUGGUCUAGAGCGAGUUCUGAAGCACCAGGCAUACAGCAUGUUCUCUGUCUAGAUAAGCCAAAAACGUGUUUUUAUGGUAUAUUGGGUUAUAAAAAUAACAAUGUCUGUUGUACAAUGGAUACAUAAAGAUCUACUUGAAGGGACAAUUAUUUUUGAAAACUCCUUAUGAAUGAUGUUGAAUAAAUGUUUUAUGAAGGGUAUUAUGAAUGAUGAUGCAAUACCUAUAAAGGUGUUAAUGUCUUGAGUGUAGCCCCUUCAAGUAAAGUGUAACCUAAAUGUCUAUAUAUUAAUGUCUAUAUAUAUAUAUUUUCAAACAUACAGUAUUUUGUGCAUUCACCAACAAGCUACACAGACAGAACAAUGGUAUACAUUUAGUAUUUUAAGUUUUACGUGCAUGUCACGCAAAUUGCUUCAUGAAUUUCCACAGACUGAUAAGACUGAUAAGAAAAUGUGUUGCCUGUAAUCAAUGACUUUCCUUGACUCUCACAGCUCGAUGGUGGUAGUCACCUCUGCAUGAGCGGACUGAACCAAAUCCCAUCCAACAAUAGGGGUGACCACCAGGCCUUGAACCGAGACUACGAGAGCUCUGGCUACGACAAGGGCCAUCUCUACCCCGUCCACCACACCUCCACCCAUUCCUCCAUGCUAGCCACCUCCACCCUGACCAACGCCGCUCCCCAAGACCCAGGCUUCAACCGGGGCCAGUGGAGGGUACAUGAAGAGGACCUGGUUAAAUUACUGAAUAACGCCUGCUCCAAAGCCUAUGUGGUCACGGGUGUAGUGCCUGGUGACACCCAGAUAGGUGAUGGUGUGAAAGUGGCUAAGUACUACUGGAGCGCAUACUGUUGUGUUAGGGAGAGUGACACUACAGAGUCUGCAGGGUAUGUUGGUCCUGAUAACAAUGGCAAAGUGCAAACGUUGACUGUGAAUGAUCUGGAGACUAGACUCAGUGGAUAUUAUGGUUCACGUUUCUAUGUGUUCCAAGGUAGAUGCUAAUGCUAUAUCAGCUAGCUAAUGCUAAUUUAAUCUUGAACAACACUAUAAUUGUAACAAUGAUACAUUUGACUGUUUUUAACACAAAUUGUAUUUUUGUUCAAUAAAAUACCAACUGUUCAUCGUAAUA